AUGGAUUUCAACCAAUCUUUAAGUUGUGGUACGGAAGCUAAACUGUUAAAACCAUUUGAGCAAUUGAUGGCGAAACAUAUUCUUGACAUGUCAGUGUUAGAAAUGGAGAAUAAAAGACCAAGUUCAGAUGAAGCGUA